CAACCAAGGCUAAAGGACAAAACAUAAGUGCUAAGCCUGCUACAAUAGCAGUAGUCUGAGUCUCUGAGUGGUACCAAAGGUAGUGGUUUACAAUAAUAUAUUUCUCAAUUUUUGAGGGGAUGAUGAUGAUGACAUUGAUGAGUAACAGACAAUGAUUGUAGUGAAUGAUUAUGAAAAGAAGAGGUUAAGUAAGCAGUAAUCAUGGGCAGGUGGUGUAGAGCAAGAUCAUUGCUUUCUCUUCAUUCUACUCUUACUUCUCUUCCCUUUCAAUUCUCUCAUCCACACCCCAGAUUUUCAUCUCAACUACUCCAUCCCCCUCCUCCUCCAUUUCAGAAUGUUGGAUUUAUAGGUCUUGGAAAUAUGGGAUUCAGAAUGGCUAAUAAUCUAAUAAAGGCCGGAUACAAAAUAGCCGUACAUGACAUAAAUUCUAAUGCCUUGAAGGCCUUCUCUGACAUGGGAAUUGUCACAAAGGAAACUCCUUUUGAAAUUGGUGAAGUCAGUGAUGUUGUAAUUACAAUGCUUCCUUCUUCAUCUCAUGUCACUGAUGUUUACACAGGACCUAAUGGGCUGCUUCAAAGUGGGAAUGUCUUGCGACCGUGGCUAAUGAUAGAUUCAUCUACAAUCGAUCCCCAAACAUCAAGGAAGCUUUCUUUUACCAUAUCUGAAUGCAUGUUAAAGGAGAAAAAAGGUCAUCAAGAGACUCCAGUAAUGUUGGAUGCUCCUGUAUCUGGCGGUGUACUCGCUGCAGAAGCUGGGACACUUACUUUCAUGGUUGGUGGCCCUGAGGAGGCUUACUUGGCUGCAAAACCCCUGUUCCAUUCAAUGGGCAAGAACACAGUAUACUGCGGUGGAGCAGGAAAUGGUUCGGCGGCAAAGAUUUGCAAUAAUUUGGCAAUGGCUAUUAGUAUGCUUGGUGUCUCAGAAGCCCUCUCUCUUGGUCAGUCUUUAGGGAUCGAUGCGAGCACUCUAACAAAAGUAUUCAAUUCUUCAAGCGCUCGCUGUUGGAGUAGUGACACUUAUAAUCCUGUUCCUGGAGUGAUGGAAGGGGUGCCCUCUUCAAGGAAUUAUGAUGGUGGCUUUGCAACUAAACUUAUGGCUAAGGAUCUAAAUCUUGCUGCCACUUCUGCCAAAGAGGUCGGCCAUAACUCUCCAUUUACAUACCAAGCACAACAAAUCUAUACAGAUCUAUGCCAGGAUGGUCAUGAAACCAAAGAUUUCUCGUGCGUUUUCCGGCACUAUUACUCUGGUAAAGAUGAGACAUAGUAAAGAAAAUUCUUGUCAUUAGUUGCGGAAGGCGCUAUUGGGAUAUUUGAUUACCUUCUUAUUUUGCCACCCAACAUUUCAUGGAAUUUCUUAAGCCUUCACUUGUAUUGGAUUUGCUUCAUGAUCUAUAUGCAUGUUGUGGCAUGUUUGUACAGAUUUACAUGUUGUGUUUAAUACUAUGCUUUAUGUUAAAAUAA